AACAGGGGGAUCACCACCAGUCUCAGUGGACGCCACAGAAAAGGGUAUUCUUACGUCCGAUUUAGCUAACUUACUCAGUACUUCUGAAGAAAAAGACAAGGAACCUUUUCCUUCAGUACCAUUCACUACGAUCGGACCACCAGAGGAUGGCCAAACAGGGGGAUCACCACCAGUCUCAGGGGACUCAACAGAAAUGGGUAUCCAUACGUCUGAUUUAACUAGCUUACUCAGUACUUCUGAAGAAAAAGACACGGAACCUUAUCCUUCAGUACCAUUCACUACGAUCGAACCACCUGAGGAUGGCCAAACAGGGGGAUCACCACCAGUCUCAGAGGAUGCCACUGAAAAGGGUAUCCUUACGUCCGAUUUAGCUAACUUACUUAGUACUUCUGAAGAAAAAGACACGGAAACUUAUCCUUCAGUACCAUUCACUACGAUCGAACCACCUGAGGAUGGCCAAACAGGGGGAUCACCACCAGUCUCAGAGGAUGCCACUGAAAAGGGUAUCCUUACGUCCGAUUUAGCUAACUUAUUUAGUACUUCUGAAGAAAAAGACACGGAACCUUAUCCUUCAGUACCAUUCACUACGAUCGAACCACCAGAGGAUGGCCAAACAGGGGGAUCACCCACGGUCUCAGUGGACGCCACAGAAAGGGGAAUCCUUACGUUGGAUUUAACUCAUUUACUCAGUACCUCUGAAGAAAAACGUAGUAAACCUUAUCCUUCAGUACCAUUCACUACUAUUGAACCACAUGACGAUGUCCAAAUAGGGGGAUCUCCACCAGUCUCAGUGGGCGCCACAGAAAUGGGAAUCUUUACGUCCGAUUUAAAUUAUUUUCUCAGUACUUCUCAAGAAAAAAGUACGGAACCGGAUUAUUCAGAGCUACUAUUCACUACGAUCGAACCACCAGAGGAUGCCCAAAUAGAGGAAUCACCACCGGUCUCAGUGGACGCCACAGAAAGGGGAAUCCUUACGUCGGAUUUAACUCAUUUACUCAGUACCUCUGAAGAAAAACGUAGUGAACCUUAUCCUUCAGUACCAUUCACUACGAUGGAGCCUCGAGAGGAUGUCCAAUCUGGGGGAUCACCACCAGUCUCAGAGGAUGCCACAGAAAAGGGUAUUCUUACGUCCGAUUUAGCUAACUUACUCAGUACUCCUGAAGAAAAAGACACGGAACCUUAUCCUUCAGUUCUAUUCACUACGAUCGAACCACCUGAGGAUGGUCAAACAGGGGGAUCACCACCAGUCUCAGAGGAUGCCACAGAAAAGGGUAUUCUUACGUCCGAUUUAGCUAACUUACUCAGUACUCCUGAAGAAAAUGACACGGAACCUUAUCCUUCAGUACUAUUCACUACGAUGGAACCACCAGAGGAUGGCCAAACAGGGGGAUCACUACCAGACUCAGAGGAUUCCACAGAAAAGGGUAUUCUUACGUCCGAUUUAAUUAACUUACUCAGUACUCCUGAAGAAAAAGACACGGAACCUUAUCCUUCAGUACCAUUCACUACGAUCGAACCACCAGAGGAUGGUCAAACAGGGGGAUCACCACGAGUCUCAGAGGAUGCCACAGAAAAGGGUAUCCUUACGUCCGAUUUAGCUAACUUACUUAGUACUUCUGAAGAAAAAGACACGGAACCUUAUCCUUCAGUACCAUUCACUAGGAUCGAACCACCAGAGGAUGGCCAAACAGGGGGAUCACCACGAGUCUCAGAGGAUGCCACAGAAAAGGGUAUUCUUACAUCCGAUUUAGCUAACUUACUCAGUACUUCUGAAGAAAAAGACAAGGAACCUUAUCCUUCAGUACCAUUCACUACGAUCGAACCACCUGAGGAUGGUCAAACAGGGGGAUCACCACCAGUCUCAGAGGAUGCCACAGAAAAGGGUAUCCUUACGUCCGAUUUAGCUAACUUACUCAGUACUUCUGAAGAAAAAGACAAGGAACCUUAUCCUUCAGUACCAUUCACUACGAUCGAACCACCAGAGGAUGGUCAAACAGGGGGAUCACCACCAGUAUCAGUGGACGCCACAGACAAGGGUAUCCCUACGUCCGAUUUAAUUAACUUACUCAGUACUUCUGAAGAAAAAGACAAGGAACCUUAUCCUUCAGUACCAUUCACUACGAUCGAACCACCUGCGGAUGGUCAAACAGGGGUAUCACCACUAGUCUCAGAGGAUGCCACAGAAAAGGGUAUCCUUACGUCCGAUUUAGCUAACUUACUCAGUACUUCUGAAGAAAAAGACAAGGAACCUUAUCCUUCAGUACCAUUCACUACGAUCGAGCCACCAGGAGGUGGCCAGCCCGGUGGCCCACCACCAGGAGGUGGCCAGCCCGGUGGCCCACCACCAGGAGGUGGCCAGCCCGGUGGCCCACCACCAGGGAGUGGCCAGCCCGGUGGCCCACCACCAGGGGGAGGCCAGCCCGGUGGCCCACCACCAGGGGGAACACCACACCAAUAUUAUGCAACACCAAACAGAUAUAAAAUUAGGCCACCACUCAGGAUAUGCUAUGAUGUGAAAUAUAAACAUAAACCGCAAUGUCAAAAAAAACACAGAAGGUACAUGGUUCAUAAACGUUGCAGUAUCUUGUAAAAUGUUUGGUUAUGUUAGGGUAUCUAUUCUAAAUUGAUUUGCAAUUUUGCUUACAAUUACUUCAUGCUAAAAUGAAUUUUAAGUUAGAUGUUAAGUUUAAGGCAAAUCAUUAUCUCUAUUGUGAACAUAAAUGUUUGUCACACAAAAAUAUUUUCUUAUGUUUAUAUAGGAUAUAUGUACAUACAUAUGUAUGUCAUGGUUGUUUGUUUUGAACUCGAGCUGGUCCCACUGGUCACACCUAAACGCUUUCUCCGAUACCUUAACAGCACCUUGGCAGUGCCAUGAUGCAAUUAUAUGAGGUAGUCUCGUCGGCUGCCGAAUCGUUCGGUUUUUAGUCCCUUAACGUUCAGUGCGUGCUCGGUUGUUGAAGAGAAAGGUGGUGUGCCGACAAACUUUUUCGGAAGCCUUAACCCUUGUGCACAACAAUGACGUAUUGUAGUUUUUGCCGCAAGCACGUGCCAGGUGUGAAAUUUAUAAAGGCACCGAAAUGUGUAGUGAGAAGAGCAUUGUGGGAGAGAACUUUACGCUGCCGCCUUGGAGAGAACUCCAAAAUUUGCGAUACUCAUUUUAAUGCUUCGGAGUGGAAGUCAGCUCCAAAAAAAGGCCAAGUCUUUAAAAGAAGGCGCCUGAAUGAUGAUGCUGUUCCCCAAAGAGACCCAGAGCCUGAACCAAAAAUUGUAAAAUUAGGCUACGCCGAUUCGAGCACGCAAACAGAGGACAAAGUGAUAAAUCAUAACACUCUUAUAGAGAACGAAAGCCUACGAAAACAACUUCGACUUAUGGAGAAGGAGAUGCUUUCUUUACGCCAGCAGCUUGGAGAGUAUGAGGAAUUGGAAAAAUCUCUAAGAAACAUUUUCACCGAGACCCAAAUAAGUAUAUUGAAGAGUGGAGGGAAGAGAAUUUUAUUUAAUGCAACAGACAUGUCUGCUGCCAUCUGCCUCCAUACCGCGGGACCUGGUGCCUACAAUCAUCUGUAUAGAAAAGGAUUUCCUUUGCCGAGUCGGGCAACAUUAUAUAGAUGGUUGACAGAUGUGAAAAUAAAUGCCGGUACGCUUGAUGUAGUGAUAGACCUCAUGGAAAAUGAGGAAAUGUCCGAAGUGGAUAAGCUUUGCGUUUUGUCCUUCAAUGAAAUGAAGGUAGCUGCUGCUUUGGAGAAUAACAGCUCAGCGGAUGUUGUGUGUGAGCCGAGCAACUAUGUUCAAUUGGCCAUAGCUCGUGGCUUGAAAAAAUCUUGGAAGCAGCCAGUAUAUUUUGAUUUCAAUGCUCGAAUGGACGCGGAUUCAUUGCUAUCGAUUAUAAACAAGCUACACAAAAAAGGCUAUCCCGUUGUUGCUAUUGUUUCUGAUUUGAGCGCUGGAAAUCAAAGAUUAUGGGUUGAGCUUGGCAUAUCGGAGACAAAGACCUGGUUUAGCCAUCCAGCGGAUGAAGACUUGAAAAUAUUUGUUUUUUCGGAUACUCCACAGCUGGUAAAGUUGAUCCAUAACCACUAUGUCCACUCCGGAUUAGUCAUCAACGGAAACAGAUUGACUAAGACGACAGUCCAGCAGACAAUUAGCCACUGUGCUAAAUCAGAUGUGUCAAUAUUAUUCAAGAUUACCGAUAGUCAUAUCAAUAUUAGUUCGCUGGCCAAACAGAAGGUCAAAUUGGCAAAAAAACUGUUCUCUAAUACAACCGCCAGCGCCAUUAGACAAUGCUAUGCAUUGGGUUAUGAAGUAGAGAACGCAUGCGAAACCGCUGAUCUCUUUAAAAUCUUCAAUGAUUGGUUUGACGUGUUCAAUUCGAAAUUAUCAAUAGCAAAUUCCAUCGAAGUUCAACGAAGCAUUUUGGCUAAAAUGUCUGAAAUUAUGCGCACGGAGAUAGUUGGAAAAAAACAUAAGCUUCCCUUCCAAAAAGGCAUAUUAGUUAACAAUGCAUCCCUUCCUGGCUUGCAUGGAUAUUUGUCGGAGAAGUACGAGAUUCGUUAUAUCUUAACAAGCCGUCUUAACCAACACAUUGUCGAGAAUUUUUUUGGCGCCAUGUGGUCUAAAGGUGAACAGAUUGACCAUCCGACUCCACUUCAAUUUAAGUAUAGGUUAAGAAAAUAUAUAACAGGUAUGACAAAAUUAAACUCUAUUAAGUAAUAAUUGAUUUUAACAAUACUAAUUGUCAAAUGUUUAGCUCUAUGUUUUAGCCAGAAAUGUUCUGAUCGUGAUUGUUUGUAGAUUUGUUUUGUGUUCUGUAUUUUGUGUUUUGUUUUGUGAUUUAGUAUGUUUUGUUUUUUAUUAUUAUCAUUUUUUAAUAAUCUUUAUUUUUAUUCAGCCAAGAAUACUGAAUUAGCAUAACAAAAUAUGUUAAACAAAAAUUGUUAAUGGCUUCCGAAACAGCUAAAAUUAAUUUUGAUAUAAAAACGUUUUUUUUUAAGAUUAGAGUUUAUGUUAGAAUUAAGAGCCUUAACAACAGAAUAUCUAUCCAAAAAAACAACGUUUAAUUUCAAAUUCAAAAU